AUGCCCGUCUACCACAUCGUCCUCUUCCGCCUCAAACAAGGCGUCACAGCCUCCCAACUAGAAAACUGGUCCCGCGUGUCCCAAGCCAUGGUCGGCAAGAUCCCAGGCCUCGUGUCCCUAAAGACGAACCAGCCGUUGCCCAUCUCCGUGCCUCGCGCCAAGGGCUUCGAUAUGGGUCUCGUGGCGGUCUUGGAAACUCCGGCCCAUGUUGAGGGGUAUGCGGUGCAUCCGGCGCAUUUGGAGUAG